UGGUUUGGCAACGGCGGGUCCCCCUCAUUGGCCGUAGGGCAUCCCCUGUUGCCGCAUCUCUUGCGAUCAGCGCAACUCCGAAUUAUUUGGUGGCCCGCCGCGUCUCGUGAAAAUAUCCUGUGAAGAGUGUGCUGGUAAAAUAAAUGUAUCGCUCGCGUCGUUUUACGCGUAUAAAUUUGUUAGUGGUGAAUUUAGUGAGUUAAGUGUGCUAUGUCUGAGUCGCAGGGCAAUCAGCAGCAGCAGAAUAAUUGGGAAGCAUCUGCGGCGCGGCAACCUCAGCAGCAGCAGCAGCAGGGUGGAGAGAAUAAUAUGUGGUACAACAUGGGCGGUAUGUCUGCCGAUCAGCAUCAGCAGCUGAUGCAGCAGCAGCAAUUGGCGGCGCAGAUCGACGCCGCCGCCUCCAGCAGUUCCUCCAACCCCGCGCAGCAAUUGUUCUCGUACAAAAUGUCCAACAGUUUCCAGAACGCCCCGACGACGGUGUCCAGCAGUGUAAGAGGGUUCGAGUACAGGCCUGCCGAGGGGAUGCCGAACGCCAUGCAGCACCCCCAAUGGUGGUAUCCUCCCAGCAGCAUGGAUAACAUGCACAACACUCUGCAGAGCUUGCAGAAUUCCAUGCAGCAGAGCCUGCAGCAACAACAGCAGCCACCUGCUCACAGUCCCCCGCCCUCGUCAGAAGAAUCUCAAAGGCAACAACACCAACAAGAUGUGGACAGACAAAGGCAUCACCAAGAAGCUCUCCAGCAGCAUCAUCAAGCCAUAGCUGAAGCUCAGGUAAGACAUCACCAGCUUCAGCAGCAAGCCCAACAUUUGCAGCAGCAGCUUCAAAACAACCAUCACCAACAACAGCAACAUAAUCAACAUAACAACCAAUCGGUUCUGCAGCAGCAUCAGCAGGUGACGACGAACAGGCCUUCGCCGAAGGGCCGGUCCGGAAAACACAAAGAAGGCGGAAAACCGCGGGGUCCCAUGACCGGAUACGCGUUUUUCGUGCAGACUUGCCGAGAGGAGCAUAAAAAACAGCACCCAGAAGAAAACGUCGUUUUCCUGGAGUUUUCCAAAAAAUGCGCCGAAAGAUGGAAGACGAUGGUUGAUAACGAGAAAAAACGUUUCCAAGAGAUGGCCGAAGGAGACAAGAAGCGCUACGACGCGGAAAUGCAAAACUACAUUCCCCCCAAGGGCGAAAAAGUCAAAGGAAAGAAACGGAAACAAAUCAAGGAUCCCAACGCACCAAAGAGAUCAUUAUCUGCAUUUUUUUGGUUCAGUAACGAAGAAAGAGGUUCGGUAAAGGCGCAAAACCCCGAAUACGGAGUGGGCGACAUCGCAAAAGAAUUGGGCAGAAGAUGGGCUGACGCCGACCCUGAACUAAAAUCCAAAUACGAGCAGUUGGCGGCUAAAGACAAGGCACGCUACGAUAUUGAAAUGACAGCGUAUAAACAAAAGAACAACCCUGCAUUGCAGAAGGCACCAGUACCUGAGAUUUUGGAGGACGUGGAAGACGACGAAGUGGAUUAACUAAAUUAUGAUUUUCAUUGUAUAUAAAAAAUGCAAAAUUACAAUAUAGCGGCUGUUUUUCAUUUAUAUUUUGUUCGAUUCUCGUUUUUUUUUAAUGUCGUAUAUUUGUGUAUGUCUACCAGAAAAGAAUGAGUGAUAUUAUAAUAAUAAUAAUAAUAAUGAUUACCUAUUUGUUCGAUAUUUAUCGUCUUCCUUGUUUUAAUCAGCUGUGUUUUAG